AUGGCCGUUGGUGCGGGUCUUCUUACCACUCUUCAAGUCGAUACGCAUCGUGGAAAGUACAUCGGCUAUCAGGUGCUGUACGGAUUCGGGAUGGGAAAUAUCUUGCAAGUGCCAAACCUGGCUGCACAAACCAUCCUUGAACCCAAGGAUAUUCCCGUCGGCGCGUCGAUGAUGUCUUUCGCCCAGCAGCUGGGCGGCGCUAUAUUUGUCUCGGUCGGGCAGACGGUGCUGACCAACCGGCUGGCGAGUCAUCUCGCCGGACUGCAAGGGUUCAGUCCCAGUAUGUUGACGAAAAUUGGGGCUACAUCGCUGAUCGAUCAGCUACCUGCCUCAGUACGCGAUACGGCUAUAGCUGCGUACAAUGAAGCGUUGCGCACGGCGUUUCAGGUUGGCCUGAUCAUCGUUUGUUUGACCAUGUUGGGCUCCAUGGGUCUGGAGUGGAGAAGCGUCAAGAAGUCACAGAAGCCGACGGAGACCAAAGAUACCAGCAAGGACGCUGACUUGGAGGAUGUUGUGGGCAAAGGAGGCGAGCAAGAUGAGCCUUCAAAGCCAGAAAGGUGA